CUGCCCAUGGCCAGGGCUGGGCACUAAGGGACCCGCCGUGAUGAAGACCAUCAUUGCUGCCUACUCGGGGGUCCUGCGAGGUACAGGUUCGAGCAUUCUCUCUGCUCUGCAAGAUUUGUUCUGGCUAUCAAAAUCCAAAGUAGAGAAACAACUCCAGAUCAUCUCUGUGCUGCAAUGGGUUCUCACUUUCCUUGUCAUGGGUAUUGCUUGCACUUUAAUCCUCAUGUACAUACUAUGCACAGACUGCUGGGCCAUUGCUGCUCUGUAUUUAGCCUGGCUGGUAUUUGACUGGAAUACACCAAAGAAAGGAGGUAGAAGAUCCCAGUGGGUCAGAAACUGGGCUAUAUGGAGAUAUUUCAGAGACUACUUUCCAAUAAGGCUGGUUAAAACCCACAACCUGUUGACCACCAGGAAUUACAUUUUUGGGUACCAUCCGCAUGGCAUCAUGGGCCUGGGUGCCUUUUGCAACUUCAGCACAGAGGCCACAGGAGUCAGCCAGAAAUUCCCCGGGAUCCGACCAUACCUUGCAACACUGGCUGGGAACUUCAGGAUGCCCAUUUUGAGGGACUACUUAAUGUCCGGUGGUAUAUGUCCUGUGAACCGUGACAGCAUAGACUACAUCUUGUCCAAGAAUGGUAGUGGCAAUGCCAUCAUCAUUGUGGUGGGAGGUGCAGCAGAGUCUCUUAAUUGCACCCCAGGGAAGAACUCUGUGACACUGAAAAACCGGAAAGGAUUUGUGAAAUUGGCUCUACAGCAUGGGGCAGAUUUGGUUCCUGUCUACUCAUUUGGGGAGAACGAAGUGUACAAGCAGGUGAUCUUUGAGGAGGGCUCCUGGGGAAGAUGGGUGCARAAGAAGUUUCAGAAACACAUUGGCUUUGCUCCGUGCAUCUUUCAUGGCCGUGGCCUCUUCUCCUCCAACACAUGGGGAUUGUUACCCUACUCCAAGCCCAUCACCACUGUUGUUGGGGAGCCCAUCACCAUCCCCAAGAUCUACAAUCCAUCUCAGAAGGAGAUAGACUUCUAUCACAGCAUGUAUGUGAACUCCCUGAUCAAACUCUUUGAUAAAUACAAGAGCAAAUUUGGUCUGCCAGAGACUGAGGUUUUGGAAGUCAACUGAAGGGACUGGCUCAGCAGCAUCUCCUCUUGGAAUCAGCACAUCCUCUGCAGGAGUCCAAGCUGUCGUCAUACAUUUGAAUGUGUGUGUGGGUGUGUGUGUCUUUCAAAGGAAGUGUUAAAGCAUUGUUACAUCUCUUGGAGAAAAAAAAAAUAAUAAAAAAGGCUUUGCUUUGGAUAAAUCCCAUUACAAACUUCUUUCUAUCCAAAAGAGCACAACUCUCUAUUGCUGUGAGGAUUUGGAUGGGGGAAAUGAUUGCCUUUAAUCUGGUCUAUAAUGCUCUUGGAUUGCCAGAGAUGGAUUAGAAGCAUUCCUAUGAUUGUACCCACCAGCAUAAGCUAUUCUGGGAAAGUGGGAUCCGUUUGGUUUAUUUAAUCAAAAAGCAGCUGGCUGAUUUGACCAGAACAGCAGUAUUACAGGCACGUUGCACAAGAGCCAUGUUGAUAAAUGCUGGCACAGCACAAGGGCAUUUCUGGUUUGGAAAAGCCCCUCCUGAAAGCACAGGCAAUGCAAGCAAGUUGCUGAGCCCCUAGGUGAGGCACCCACUGUGCCCAGUGCAGAAACCCAACAGACAUGGGCAUCCAAUGGACCUUGAGUCAGUGUAUUGGAUAUUUUGGUGGCUGUAGCUCCACUUCUGUGUUUAAUGUCACUUUAUGAGCAGGUCUGUCCCUAGAUGCUGCUUGCAUGGGGGCRUGUAGCAGGAGAUACUGGAUUUGGUGAUAGCUGCAGCACUCCAAAGCUCUAAGAGUGCUGGCAUGUGCAAUGAGGURGCCCCAAUGGUGCAGACCCUUAGGCUAGUCUGUAGGAGUAACUGCAGUGGGACAGUUCAUGAGAAAAAUCUUGCUGGAUCCCAAAGUAUUUGGGGAAAGCUAGGAGUUGAUUCCUGCCUGAGGAUGGUUUUUAUAACUAUUCCACCCAGUGUGAAUGCAAAGGGAUAGCCUUUUUUAUGCAUAGGUUCUAAAAUGUUUUUUAAAGGGUUUAUAAAAUGUUUACGUGGCUGUGAACACUGCUUGUAGUGAGAUUUCUUCAGAGUACAGUGUGUUUUAGCAGAAACCUGAACCACUGCACUACUUGCAUGUCUGACCUGCCUUUUCAACGGUUUGGCUGAGUGUUUCAAGCUCUAAAAUGUGCCUUUGUUCCAUGCAAGAGGAUGGUCCUUCACAUUCCUGAAAUCUUGCCUCUAAUGACAAAUGUUCAUCUGUCAUAUUUGAUAGACUU